AUGGGCACAUGUUAUAGCAAACGUUCAGCUUGUUAUGAUUUAACUCAAAAUCAUCAUGCAAUAACAAUUUGUACACUAAAAUCGCCUGGAACACCACCAGCAACAUUACGUCGUUUCAGUAGUUUACGUCACAGUGUAAAAUCAUUUUCGUCGAUGGCAUAUCAACGUCGAAGUUUUCGCACACGAUCAACGACAGGUAUUAAGCAAAGUCCGAAAACUAAACAUUUAUGUAUUGUUAAAUAUAAUGAAUCGAAAGAAGCACUUGUUUGA